AUGGCUGGCCCCAGCCUGAAGAAAACGACAACGACGCCGGCCGCGAAGAGGACUACACCCGCCAACAAACAAGGGUCCUCUGCCAAGAAGAACACGAGUAUUCUAAGUUUCUUUCAGAAGACGGACGGCCCUCGGUCAACACAGGCACGUAUAACACAAUUCGGAGUCAAAGUACCGCGAUCGAACAGUAAUGGAGAAAACACUGCAACCAGAUCGACAUCGAGCGAAGAUGCCCCAUUUGAAGAAUUAUUUGUCGAGGACAAACGGCGCCCAUACAAGAAUCUGGUAGAUAUUAGAGAAAACUGGCGGUCAAAUACCAAGCAGGCCUCACCAGAGAAGCCCAAAUUAUCCAACGAGGAUCGAUUGGGUAGUUCUGAUAGCCAGAAGGAGAAUGACGUCUCUAGAUUCAAUGAGAGUGGGGGGUCGUUAAAAAGACGGAAGUUUGACAGUUCACCACCGAGGAAAGAAAAAGAAUAUAAAGGCCCUUUCAUCGACGAAUCUGAUAGCGAAGACGAUAUAGAGAAUGAAUGUUCCAACAUUCCUCAACCUGAAGAUACUCGAUCGGUCAAACGUGCUACAGAAACAAUCACAACUCGCGAACCUCCGCCAUUGGUAAGAGAAAACACAAGCAACGUUGAACCAGGGGCAGUGGCCGAUGACUUUGAAGAUAUAGAAGACGAUGAACUAGAGUGUGAGGAUUUUAUGGAACGGCCUUGGACAGAGGGGGAGCUGGAAGAUAGUAUUGUGGACGACAACAGCGAAAAGCCAGACGACGACCCGGCCUGUCCAAUCUGCCAGGCGAGUCUGGCGGGGCAGUCUGACUCGGAAGCGUCUGUGCAUGUCAAUGCAUGUCUAGAUGGCAACCCCCAACCACUUCCAGAGAAAAGUAAGCCUGCAACAGCUGGCUUGACUCGUCUGGAGAAAGCGGCCAUUCCAAAACCCGCACAGCGAAAUCCAUUUGCUGCUGCUGCUACGGGGGUUGCUUCUGCUUUUACAAAGCUCAUGGCCAGCAAUGCAGAGGACUCGGCUUGGGCAGCGGCGGCCGCGAACGAAGUCACUUCCCGAGGAAAACAAGCGUAUGAACGAACGUGUCCGUUCUAUAAGAUUCUUCCCGGAUUUUCUAUUACAGUCGAUGCCUUCCGAUAUGGGGCAGUCGAAGGAUGCGAGGCGUAUUUUUUGAGUCAUUUCCAUAGUGACCACUAUGGGGGGCUUACAAGUUCCUGGCGGCACGGUCCCAUAUAUUGCAGUAAAGUGACAGGUAACCUUGUGCGACAACAAAUCAAGGUCGAUCCCAAAUAUAUCGUUGAUCUUGAAUACGAAAAGAAGACGGAAGUCCCCGGGACUAAAAGGGUAUAUGUUACGAUGAUUACAGCCAAUCAUUGUCCUGGGAGCUCUCUUUUCUUGUUUGAAAAGGUCAUGGAUAGUGGCCGAGUUCAUCGGAUUUUGCAUUGUGGUGAUUUUCGCGCUUGUCCAGCCCAUGUCCAGCAUCCUUUACUACGACCAGAUGUUGUGGAUCAAGUUUCGGGCAAGUCUCGACAGCAACGAAUCGAUGUGUGCUAUUUAGACACCACUUACCUGAAUCCAAAGUAUGCCUUUCCCGGUCAAGAUGCAGUGAUUUCAGCCUGUGCGGCUAUGUGCGUCCAGCUCAAUGAUGAGAGCGGGAACGAGGACAAGGCUCUUAAUGUUCAUAAAAUCGGACAAGGUACAGGUGGGAUCAGCAAGUUUUUCCUUGAUGGUACAAAUGAUUCGGAAGAGCACAAGAAGUCAGAACCGACAAAUAGCGGCCGGCUGCUCGUGGUAAUCGGGACAUAUAGCAUUGGCAAAGAGCGUAUAUGUCUCGGUAUUGCACGAGCUCUGAAAUGUAAAAUAUACGCCCCCGCACAAAAGCAACGUAUAUGCGCCUGCCUCGAGGAUCCCGAACUGUCAUCUUUCCUCACUACUGAUCCCCUCGAGGCGCAAAUUCACAUGCAAAUUCUCUUCGAGAUCCGCGCUGAGACACUGGCCGACUACCUCCAGUCUUUCAAGGGCCACUUCACCCGCGUCGUCGGAUUCCGCCCAACCGGUUGGACAUACCGGGCCCCUGGCGGUCGCCUUCUCGACAACCCGCCUGUCGCCAACGUCCUGCACUCGAACAAUUGGAAGACGUCGUUCAGCGUGAAGGACCUGGUACCGCAGCGUGGCAGUACCAAGCAGGCCUCGUGCUUUGGGGUGCCGUACAGCGAGCACAGCUCCUUCCGCGAGCUAACGAUGUUCUGCUGCGCGCUCCGCAUUGGACGAGUCAUCCCGACGGUCAACGUGGGCAACGCCAAGUCGCGAGAGAAGAUGAAGGCGUGGUUCGAUAGGUGGGAGGCAGAGAAGAAGAAAUCGGGACUGUUGACUGUGCAGGGGGAUACGUGGUAG